AUGGAGGAAUCUGGGAAAUACAAAUCGAGCGUGGAUUCCUUAGUGGUUUCUGUGGAGAAACCAAACACAGGUGAAGAAGGGCAAGAAAGUUCUGCCUUCAGCAGAUGGACCAAGUCUUUCCACAGGCGUGAGCCCGUGGUGGAGAAGGCAGAGGGAUCUAAUAUCGAAUUUUUGGAUGAAGAGAGACGUCGUAAUUACCAGUUGGCCAACCAACCAUUCCAAAAAACCCUUGCACAGCGGCACUUGAUGAUGAUUUCUAUCGGGGGAACACUGGGCACCGGGCUUUUCAUUGGACUUGGUUAUUCGCUGGCCUCCGGACCGGGGUCAUUGCUGAUAGGUUUCACGAUCGUGGGAAUCAUGAUGUUUUGUGUGGUACAAAGUGCUGCGGAAAUGGCGUGUCAAUAUCCAGUGUCAGGUUCUUUCUCCACCCAUGUUUCUCGGUUUAUGGAACCAUCACUUGGAUUCACGGUAUCCACAAAUUAUGCAUUGUCAUGGCUGAUAUCCUUUCCCUCAGAACUUAUUGGGUGUGCCAUGACCUUGCAAUAUUGGAAUACUAGCGUAAACCCUGCUGUCUGGGUGGCUAUCUUCUACGUCUUCAUCAUGGCGUUGAACUUAUUGGGCGUCCGUGGAUACGGUGAAGCCGAAUUUUGGAUGUCAUUGUUCAAAGUCAUCGCCAUCGUUAUCUUCAUUAUUAUCGGCAUCGUCUUAAUUUGCGGCGGGGGCCCCAAUUCAGAUGGUUACAUUGGUGCACAAUACUGGCACAAUCCGGGGUCGUUUGCGAAACCAGUUUUUAAAGGACUUUGUAACACGUUUGUCUCUGCCGCGUUUUCGUUUGGCGGUGCCGAAUUGGUUGUUUUGACUGCUUCGGAGUCCCGCAAAGUGGAGUCGGUGUCGCGCGCUGCCAAGGGAACUUUUUGGCGGAUUGCCAUUUUCUACAUUACCACUGUGGUGGUAAUCGGCUGUUUAGUACCUUACACGGAUGAUCGUCUAUUGGGCGGCGACAGCGAUGAAGAUGUGACUGCGUCGCCAUUUGUGAUUGCCUUGAGUAACCAAGGUUCUAUGGGAACAAAAGUAUCUCAUUUCAUGAACACUGUUAUUUUGAUAGCAGUGCUAUCUGUGUGCAACUCGUGUGUUUAUGCCUCGUCAAGAGUUAUUCAAGCGCUUGGCGCUUGUGGUCAACUGCCCCAGGUUUGUGGAUACAUCGAUCAAAAGGGUAGGCCCUUGGUGGGGAUCAUAAUUUGCGGGGUUUUCGGGCUACUUGGUUUCCUAGUAGCGUGUGACAAACAAGGCGAGGUGUUCACCUGGCUCUUCGCACUCUGUUCGAUAUCGUCUUUCUUCACUUGGUUCUGCAUAUGUGCGUCACAAGUCCGUUACCGUUUGGCACUAAGAGCCCAAGGCAGGUCCAAAGAGGAAAUUAUCCACCAAUCCAUGCUAGGUAUUUACGGUGGCAUCCUAGGUGCUGUCUUGAACGUUCUUUUGAUUGCAGGUGAAAUCUAUGUUUCGUUAUUUCCCCUAGGUGAGAGCCCCAAUGCCCAACAGUUUUUUGAAUACUGUUUGAGUAUUCCAAUCAUGAUUGUGGUUUAUGCGCUACACCGAAUCUUUUUCAAUAGGAACAAGCGAAUCCUGACGCCCUUGUCCGAAAUUGAUCUUGACACAGGCGGGAAAACCGACGAUCUUGAACUGUUGAAACAUGAAGUCAUGGAAAACAGGGCCAAGAUUGCGGCAAAGCCACUAUAUUACAGAAUAUACCGAUUUUGGUGUUAA